ACCCAGGGGUUGGGCCGCCUCCUCUUUGCCUAGACAUUCUUGACAUUGAGUAGGUAGAACCCACAGGGCAGAAUGGGAGUGGAGGAGGGGGAGGGGGCUGGAUGGGCUUGAGCUGACUCUGAUGCUUCUCGAUGCCAACAUCAGCAGGGCUCCACGUGAGGAUAUAUGACCUGGGGAGGAGGGAGCGAGGCCAAUGGGUAGCUUGGCAGGAUGCCCAGGCUUCUCCUACACAGUGAGGGGAGGGACAAGGGGUCAGAUAUUCCCCUUCCAACUCCCACCCAGCCCAGGCUGACACAGCCAAUUAUUCCCCAUUCCAGAAUCUCCCCUCACCUCAUCCAGGGGUUUUGUCUCUGCCAGUCAUGAGGGCAUCCAGUGGCCAGGGUAGGAGAAUGCUUAUAAAGGCCAAGGGAGUUGGCCCCCUUUCUCCCACUGAGAACUAUCUCCAUGCAACCGAGGGCUGUCCCCGUAGCCCAGGCCUUGCCCUUCUCUCUCAGCCAGGCCCUUCAUGAUGCUGGACUCCGAUUGCCUGUCACCAAGAUGGGCACAAGCUGGGGAGUAGUCCAUCGAUUCCUAAAGGAAGUGGCUUAUAUCCUUCUCUGCUGCUGGUGUAUUAAGGAGCUGCUAGACUAGCCCAGGUAUUCAGGACUCUCCCUGCCCACCGCCAUCCAUGACACUAUCCGAGUGCCUCCUUCAUCUGCGAGACUCCUUGUGUCCUCUGUGCUUACCUGAGGGUACCAAUAAAUGAAUGAAGUUCAAUGCCUACCGUGAGCUGUGUGGGCUUUCAGCCUCUUUCAACUCUGGGGCCAUUUGAUUUCUAGCCCCUCUGGACAAUCAGCCAAUUCCCUGCACAGGCAGGAUCUCAAUGGCGAAAAGCCGGACUAUUUAGUCUGGAUUCCAUGUCCCACCUUCCACCAUCGGAGCCGGGAUCCCGGGAGAGCCGUAGGACGCGGAGACUGUAGAAACUGUAAGGAAAGGAAGACGUGGAAGGUCGAAGGGAAUUGGAUGGAUUGGGGGUGGGGAGAGGCUGCGGAGAAUAGAAAAAUGAAGUUAGAGGCCAAGCAAAAGGAGAGAACAGGAAUGAUUCGGAUUCUUAGGGAAAUGAAGAAUCGAAAUUCCUCCUAAGGGACCAAGAUGCUACCCACCCCCAUACUCAAGCCUUGGGAAGCAGGGGGAUAGCUGGUAGCGGAGGCUGGACUCUCGGCCUGGCGCCUGGCUUCCUACAUCAAUCUAGGAGGUCACAGCAACCUUCCCUGUCCCUUAGUAGCGUGACCUUGAGCAAGUUACCUGUGACUGUUUCCUCAUCUGUAAAAUGGGGAUACUAAUGUACGUAACGCCUACCUCACAGAAUUGUUGCGAGGUCCAAGUGAGACAAUGUUUGU